AUGGUUAUGUAUGAAGAGGGUUUUGUGGUGAAUUCACGAGGCAUGAAACUGUUCACUUGUGUAUGGAAACCGGUUAAGCAAGAACCAAAGGCCAUGCUCUUCCUCUGCCAUGGCUAUGCAGUGGAAUCCAGCAUCACUAUGAACAGCACUGCGACGAGGCUAGCCAAGGCUGGUUUUGCGGUUUAUGGAAUGGACUAUGAAGGACAUGGAAAAUCCGAGGGAUUAAAUGGUUACAUCAAAAAGUUCGAUGAUCUAGUAGAUGAUGUCUCUAUUCACUACUCUACAAUUUGUGAGAAAGAAGAGAAUAAAGGGAAGAUGAGGUUUCUACUAGGAGAAUCCAUGGGAGGUGCAAUUGUGUUGCUCUUAGCUAGAAAGAAGCCUGAUUUUUGGGACGGUGCCGUUUUGGUAGCACCCAUGUGUAAGUUAGCAGAAGAGAUAAAGCCACAUCCACUAGUGAUCUCAAUUCUCACCAAGCUUGCAUUGUUGAUUCCAACAUGGAAAAUAGUUCCAGGAAACGAUAUUGUCGACAUUGCAGUUAGAGAACCACAUAUAAGAAAUCAGGUAAGGGAGAAUGAGUAUUGCUAUAAAGGCAGGCCUCGCUUGAAAACCGCCUACGAACUCUUGAUGGUUAGCUUGGAUCUCGAGAAAAAUCUUCAUCAGGUAUCGAUUCCUUUUAUCGUUCUUCAUGGAGAAGAUGAUAAAGUGACAGACAAAAGCAUAAGCAAAAUGCUAUACGAGAUGGCUUCAAGCUCGGACAAAACAUUCAAGCUUUACCCUAACAUGUGGCAUGCUUUGUUAUUUGGGGAAACUCCUCAGAAUUCUGAUAUUGUGUUUGGUGAUAUCAUAAAAUGGCUCGAGGAUAGAGCCUCCGACUCAAGCCAAAGAUUAGAGAAUGAGCUAAAACAUAGGAAUGAUGGACUGUUAAAGCAAAAAUAA